UUUUAUUUUUUUAACAUUGAUACAUACACGACGCAGUACAUGUACGGUUUUACUCUCAAUUUCUCUUUGCUUCAAGAGAAAUGGAAGUUUUUUUUCAUGCAACUUUAGAGCUAGGACUUUUUUUUCAUAUGAAUAACAGGGUAUUUAAUGGUUAUAUGAUCACGGUUAUUGAAACUUUAGACAAGCACUAACAUACUUGCAAAAGACAAUUAUUGAGUAUCAGCAAAAAAUAAGAAAAUGUACUUAAUCAAUCAGCAAAAAAUGUAACUUUAGAUUCCAAUCCAUGGUAAUCUAAUGCUGAAGUUCCUAUUCAAUAGUGUCCACUUGAGCCGGAUAAGAUAAAACUUAACUGUAACAGGGCAGUUAUGAGCAGUACUGACUUUAGCUGUUUUAGAGCAUUUCUUCAUAUUUUCACACUUCUAAAAUUUAAUACUACUUUCUAUAUUUUUUUAAUAGAAAAGAAAGAGACGCCAUUUGAGAGGUGUGGAGGUGUUACCAAAUAACUGUUUCCGUGGGAUGCAAAUUCCACUUUGAUUUGUGCACUGUCUUCAUCUGAGGGUUAGGGUUGUACAUGGUUAACCACAUUAUGUGAACUAUCGUGACAUUUUCCGUUAUGGUUUAUAAACCAGUUUGUUUUCGUCAUAAAAUUGGUUUAUCUUUGAGAAAUGGAUCAAAACUGGUUUUUAUUACAAACUGAAUUUCAUUUAGCAAGACACGGUGACUGACUUAUAACACCACCGGUUAAAAAGUGUAUAAAUGAGAGAAUAAUAGUUUAACUAAACGCAUUUACGGAUUGAUGAAUUUAUUUCAGUUUUGGUAGGCAUAUUUCUUGGUGUUAGAGAAAAUCUAUAACCUGUAAUUAAACAGAUAGAUAACAUACUAUUGAUAUCAAAUCAAAUUUAAAGAUGCUACUUUCUUUUGACCUCACUUGGAUAUUUUAAUAACUAAUACUAUGUAUGCAUAAUGAAAUGAGUUAAAAAUUGAUGAUGACUCACAAAACUUUCACUAGUCUUGCCUUAUAAAUACUUGCAGGUUCAUUCCAUUUUCGUUCAUCACAAACUGAGGCAUGGCCUCCAUACAAUCAGUAGCAUUCCUCCUGCUUGGAGUGGUGAUGUUCACCACUCCAGUGUUGGCUAAUUACUACGAACCACCCACCUAUGAACAUCCACCGAUCUAUGAACCUCCACCAACUGAGAAACCACCACCAGUUUACAAGCCUCCGGUCUACCCACAACCAAUACACCAUCCUCCACAUGAGAAACCACCACCAGUCUAUGAGCCUCCAUAUGAGAAACCACCACCACCAGAAUACGAGCCACCUCACCAUGAAAAACCACCAUAUGAAGAGCCACCACCAGAAUACGAGCCACCUCACCAUGAAAAACCACCAUAUGAGAACCCACCGCCCGAAUAUGAACCGCCUCAAGAGAAACCAGCACCAGAAUAUCAACCACCUCAUCAUGCAAAGCCUCCGUAUGAGAACCCACCACCAGAGUACCAACCACCUCAUGAAAAGCCACCACCUGAGUAUUCACCACCUCAUGAAAAGCCACCACCGGAAUACCAACCACCUCACGGGAAACAACCUCAUGUGAAUCCACCACCACAGUAUCAACCUCCACAUGAAAAACCACCACAUGAACAUUCGCCUCCAGAGUAUCAACCUCCCCACGAAAUACCACCACCAGAGCACCAACCUCCUCAUGAGAAACCACCUCAUGCAAAGUCACCACCAGAGUACCAACCACCACAUGAACAUCCGCCUCCAGAGUAUCUACCGCCACACGAGAAACCACCGCAUGAGAAUCCACCACCAGAAUACAACCCACCUCAUGAAAAACCACCACAUGAACAUCCGUCACCAGAGUACCAACCACCUCACGAGAAACCACCACAUGAGAAUCCACCACCAAAGUUCCAACCUCCUAAUGAGAAACCACCUCAUGAAAAGUCACCACCAGAGUACCAACCACCUCAUGAAAAACCACCACACGAACAUCCGCCUCCAGAGUACCAGCCACCGCAUGAGAAACCACCACAUGAAAAUCCAUCACCAGAGUACAAACCACCUAAUGAGCAUCCUCCGCCAGUAUACCAACCACCACAUGAGAAUCCACCACCAGUGUACCAACCCCCUCAUGAAAAGCCACCACCAGAAAACCAACCACCUCAUGAAAAACCACCACAUGAACAUCCACCGCCGCACGAGAAACCACCACAUGAGAGUCCGUCACCAGAGUACCAACCUCCUCAUGAGAAACCACCACAUGAACAUUCGCCGCCAGGAUACCAACCACCUCACGAGAAACUACCGUAUGAGAAUCCACCACCACUUUACCAACCACCUCACGAACAUUCACCUCCAGAGUACCAACCGCCUCACGUGAAACCGCCACAUGAGAAUCCACCACCAGAGUACCAACCUCCUCACACAAAACCACCACAUGAAAAUCCAACACCAGAAUACCAACCUCCUCAUGAGAAACCACCUCAUGAAAAGCCACCGCCAGAGUAUGAGGCACCUCAUGAAAAACCACCACAUGAAAAUCCAUCACCAGAAUACCAUCCACCUCAUGAAAAGCCACCACAUGAGAAUCCACCACCAGAGCAUCAACCUCCUCAUGAUAAGCCACCACAUGAAAAUCCACCACCAGAGUAUCAACCACCUCAUCAUGAGAAGCCAUUUGUAAAGUACCAGCCUCCUCAAGAAAAACUACCACCAAUUUAUAAAGAGCCUCAUAAGAAGCCAUCCUCACCACGAGUGUACCAUCGUCCACCCUUUCAUACACCUCCUCAUGUGAAACCACCAGUCUACGAGCCACCUCCUCUUGUGAAGCCACCACACUACAACCGCCGACAUUUUGGCCACUACCCACCAUACAAGAAUUAAUAAUGACUACCACUGAAGAAUGUGGCAUAUUUAAUUUGGUGAAGUAAAAGUAAGAGUGGCUGUUUGUUUUGUUUGUCAUAUGCACUUUUUAUCUUCUUAAUUUUCUGUUCUUCUUUUUUCCUUUCUGCAUGCAAAUAAAGGCUAUAUAUAUGCCUCUGUAUAAUACUUUCCAUUUCCGUUUUAAGCAAUGAUAUCAUAUUGUUAAUCACCAUUAAUUUUAUGACUUUUAUCUA